AUGAAAGAACUUGGACAACUCAAUCAUUUUCUUGGUCUAGAGAUUGAUCGUACUCAAGGAGGAAUUUUUCUCCAUCAGCAAAAAUAUUCCAGAGAUUUGUUGAAUAAGUUUGGAAUGCUGGAGUGCAAGCCAAUUGCAACACCAAUUGAACCAAAUUCUAAGAUGCGUACGCAUGGAGGAAAAGAUUUAGAAGAUGUGAUGAUGUAUCGGCAAUUGGUAGGUAGUCUGAUUUAUUUAACUCAGACUCGGCCUGAUAUUUCUUUUGCAGUUCAUGUAAUGAGUCGCUAUUUGCACAAUCCAAAGAAGCAUCAUAUGGAGGCUGUUCGGCAAAUACUAAGAUCUAUAAAAAGCACAAUUGAGUAUGGUCUUUUGUAUAAGAAAGGUGAAGAAUGCAAGUUAGUCGACUCUUUGUGA